AUGCAACUCCAGAGUCGUGUAAUUGGACCGGGCGAGACCUUCCAUCUUUUCAAACAUCUGCCGACUGAGCUUCGCUAUAUGAUAUGGCAAUUCUCACUUCAUCCCCGUGUUGUGGAUAUGGAAGUCGUUGAUACCUAUGACGAGGAUAUGAGUGGUAUCGAGCAACCCGAUGACGGAUCAGCCGAAGCUCAGAAUCGAAUGUCACUCCGCCAUGAGAGGAUCGAAACACGACGUUCACAGGAAUUCCGCCGUUGGGUAUAUUAUUACGAUAAUGAAGACUUUCCCCUUCUCAUCCGCUACCAAGCACACGCCCACACCCUUCUUCCUACGGCCCUCUACGCCUGUCGCGACUCUUGA